AUGAGCGAUGAUGAAAGCGAGCAAGAAUAUGAAGUCGAGUCAAUUGUCGAGGCCAAAGUAGAGAAGGAGAAAGCUUCCAGGAAAGCGAAGAAUCCGAAACUCAUCUGGAAAUAUCGCGUAAGGUGGAAGGGAUACGGCCCGCAGGAUGAUACCUGGGAACCGGCAGAGUCGUUCGGAGGAUCUGAAAAUAUCGUGUCGACCUUCUGGGAACGCGCCAAUACCAACGGCAGAGACGUCUCAGAUCUAUCGCAAUUCAAGCUAGGGGAGGCAUUUUGCCAUGUUGGCCCACCGAGACCAAAGAGAAAACGCAAGUCAACGACUAACGUCCAAGAAAUGACCUCACAGUCCGCGCCGCAGUCCACGGCUCCUCCACCGCAAGCAGAAGCUGAUCCGGGCGUGAAGACCUCUGACAAACGUCGACGGGAUCCAUCACUAAAUGUGGAAGGCCAGAUUUCUAGUUCUCGUCCGUCUAAGCGACUUCGAGGAGAAGAACCGCCCUCACAGCCCCGCAAGACGGAAGAAGUGGCAACAAAGAUUGACCCGACACCGUCAAUGGCGACACCGACGACGCGAAAGUCAGCAAGGAAUCGUCGACCCCCGUCUCCAGAGGUCAUCCCAGAUUCUGACGAAGAAAUGAACGGAAGUUCACUCCUGAACAUAUUGUCUCCGGGCUACAAACGUAGAACGACUGUAGCCGUAGGUCAUGAGAACCAAAGCUCAAGACGGAUAGAAGCAUCUAUCGGUCCUGAAAGUGUUCAAGGUGUUGUCUCCGAACCCCAGGAAGAACCAGCUAGCAAAGUUCCAGCACACCGAGCUCGCGCAACAAAUCCUCGCGUUAAGAUGAUUGAGGACCCGAAUAUAUCGCAGGUUGAUGGGGCCCUCUCUCCGAAGGCACGCGCUACCCGUGGAGCUGCGCGAGCUACUUCUAGUCAUGCUGCCAUUGUUUCAGUUUCCUCAAAACGGUCGAAGCCCGGCCCAGGUCGUUCAUCUGCUGGACUCCUGGUGCCCAAAACCACUUCUCUCCUCACAGCAGAGAAUGGUUCGUUGAAAACGGUCAAGGUGAAGAAUGUAAAUUCAGACAGCCACCCACGUCCAAGAGCAGAGGAGGCCUCACCCAUCAUAAUUGAUGAUGACAUGCCCGAGGUUGGAGUCAUCAAUGAGCCUCCGCCUUCAGGAGGGGAAUUGCUUCAAUUGGCUGGUCUUGACUCUCAAGUUGCAGAGACGUUGCCUGACUUCGAGGACAUGAUUCCCGAACCCCAGCAGCAGUCAGGAACCGAAUCCUCACCCGACAAAAAAGAGCAAUCCGCUGGUGACCAAGACAUUCCUUCCCAUAAUUUCAGCGUUGACAUGCCGAAACACAACCUUUUCCCGGCCCAAGCCCCUAAUUUUCCUGAGCCUCUGAGCGUAAAAUGGAAGCAAUCAACAAUCUUCGGCCCUCUGAGCCUUGGAGCCCCGUCGAUCGUCCAAGCUGACAAGACAAAUUCAUCUCGUUUAUACUUGAAUCUCGACGCUUCCGUUUCUAUCCCUGUUCUUGUGCACGCUGCUUCGCCAGAUUCGAACCGCUCGAAUUUUGAGGUGGUUGCGAAUGGAACGCCGGGAAAGUUCUACUCGACGCAAGCUGCAACAAAUCUUCUUGGUACAGUAAGGAUGGCCGGAGUGCCGGCCCGAAUUGUUGUAGACAAUGAUACUUCGAGCGAAGAGAAGGAACACCUCCGUCGUUUCCAUCAACGUCUCACAGGCGGAGAUAUUUUCGUGUCUAUAGCGGGCACGCAGAUACUUGUAUUCUGUGCCUCGGGCAACACCCUUUUAUCUCAGAGGUUGAAUGCGCCGUCGUCCCUUCUAAGCGAGCCUGACGCCAUCUUGGUGGCCCCGGUUGUCAUCGAAAACUUCUCUGGGUACGCAGAUGCAGCUUCGGCUGCUGACGACACUCAGUGGACGCAGUACAUCAAAUCUCACCCAUAG